AUGUCAAUAACACCUAAUGUUAUUGAAAAGUUACAUGAAAUGGUUAAUUAUUAUCAUUAUCAUUGUAAUUUUAAAGAUCAACAAAACUACUUCUAUAAACAAUCAAUUGAACAUACAACAACCUCAUCUUGUGUGAUUGUGAUGGACUUUAAAGAAAAUAUUAGGAUUGGUGGGGGUCCAAUUGAAACUGGAAAUAAUUUUUUUGAAAAAAUACAAGUAUCUGUUCUUGGAUUUGCAGUGUGUUAUCGUGAACCUGAUCAAAGUUUACAUACACAAUACUUUGAUUAUUUUUCUGAUAUUUUAAAUCAUGAUUCGUCGUUUGUUAUAGAUUGUAUUACAAAGCUUCUGAAUCAUCCUUUUAUGUCAAGGUUUCAAGAAGCUUGUUUUUGGGCAGACUUAUGUCAAGGAAAAAUUUAUUUAAAUUAUUUUACAGAGUAUCAUGGAAAAAGUAUUGUGGAUGGUCAUUUUGGUGUAUUAUCUCGGUGGCUCUCAGAAGGAGAAGCUACACGAAAUAUUUAUACAAUUGAAGAUUUAAUUGGUUUUUUUCAAGAAAAAACCAAUCAAAAUCAUAUUAAUUCCAAAACUCCAAUAAUAAAUUUUGAUAUUUAUUCGCGAACACAACAUGGCAAACUUUAUGCUUCUACAUUAAGCACAUUAAUCGAUAUAGACUAUAUGGAGGUUAAUUAUAAAAUGAAAACUGUUAAAGACAGCAGAAAAACAAAAUAUGCACCAAAGAAACAAAUCUUAAAUAUGGAUGUUCCGGAUGUAGUAGGUGUAAAAAGUAAACAAGUAUUAGAAACUAGAAUUAGACUUUCACAAAGAUAUUUACAAAAU